AGGAAUAUUGUCUAGAUUCAUUGAAGUCUGAGGAACAUACAGGUGCAUAUAAUAAUAUAGUCGAGCAUGAGGGAUAUUGGGGGGAAAGAGGGGAGAAGAUGGUGGAUGUACCGAUUGUGUGCCCCAUGCCGCGGCAGGGCUGAAUGCACCGUCACGUGAUCCUUUCAUUUCUUUACAACACUCGAUUAUCAGCCUCAAAUGAAGGUAUUCUCAAGAAGAACAUCUUCAAACUUCAACUACAUCGAAUGCUCCUCAUCGCUUGGCCUUGACAGCUCUAGGGAAGUUCGCCGAAGAACGAGGAGAAAGAACCCGUCCGUCAGAAGAGUGUCGAUCCAGUUCAAAGGAUGCCAGACUCUUCAACUUCGGCGACGAUUGCCGCAAAGGGCACGUCAGUCACUCAAUGGGCCUGGCGAGCUUCCAAGUCCAUCGGCCUCAACACCGGUACGCCCUCCUUCUCGGCCGUCUCAGGUUUCGAGCAGGUCACGGGCCCGACUAGGGUGUUCCAGUAUAGCCCAGAUGGCAGCACCUUCGCGGCUGCGAUGGAAGAGUUCACCCGACUCGUCGACACGCGAGAGGCAUCCAGCUCCAAAGUCAAGCUGGACUUGCCUGCUUCCAAGGUCGUCGCGCUGGAGUUUAGCCCCAAAGGCAACUACCUUUCCACGUGGGAGCGUCCAAAUAAGCUUGAAGAUGGUAGCAUGAGCCGGAACUUGCGAAUCUGGAAUUCCAACUCGGGGGAGGAAAUUGCUUCCUUCGAAAGAAAGACGCAGGAAGGGUGUUUCUUCCAAUUUACUUCCACCGAGGACUAUUGCGUGCGCCAGGUCACGGGGGAGCUGCAAGUGUACAGCCCGAAGACGAUCUCCGACGGGGUCGUCGGCAGGCUCAAAGUGGACGGGAUGACUUCGUUCCAGUUGGGUCCAGGCGAGAAACCAAGCAUAGCGGUCUUUUGUGGGGAGCGCAAGGGUGCGCCCGCUUCAGUACGGAUCUACUCCCUCGCCUCUCUUCUAUCCUCUACAGAUAUGCCCGCUUUGCCACUCUCACAAAAGACAUUCUUCAAAGCAGACAAAAUUCACUUCAAAUGGAAUCGUUCAGGAUCAGCAUUACUGUUCUUGACUUCGACAGAUGUCGACAAGACGAAUGCAUCAUAUUAUGGAGAGUCGAACCUAUACAUGAUGACGGCGAAUGGGUCGUUCGACUGCCGAGUUUCCCUAGACAAGGAGGGGCCCAUUCACGACUACGAGUGGAGUCCCAACUCGCGCGAGUUCGUCGUAAUCUACGGCUUCAUGCCUGCCAAGGUCGUCCUCUUCUCCUACAAGGUCAACGUCAUCGCCGAGCUGGGCACGCAGCCGCGCAAUUUUGUCGCAUACAACCCGCAAGGAAGGCUGAUCUGCAUCGCAGGCUUUGGCAACCUCAGCGGCAUGGUAGACGUUUGGGACCGGGAGAACUUGGCCGGGGGAAAGAUCUACAGCUUUGAUGGGAGCAACAGUAGCGUCUGCCAGUGGAGUCCUGACGGCCACUUUCUGCUCACCGCCACGCUGAGUCCGCGCCUCCGCGUCGACAACGGCGUCCGCAUCUGGCACUGCACUGGCAAUCUUGUGCACAUCGAAAUGAUCAACGAGCUGUAUCAGGCUGGCUGGCGGCCUGCGCUCAACAUGGCCGCGGCAUCCUUUCCGCAAAUUAUUCCUCCGGCACCAGCGCCUUCACCCGCAGCGGCUGCGUACAUUGCUGAGAAAGCAGCCAAGCCCAAGGUGACUGGCACGUACCGCCCGCCUGGCGCGCGCGGGACGGCGACACCGGACAUUUUCAAGCGCCACGAUCUAGAAGCUGGCGGCUCUGGCGCUUCCUCGCCUGGAAGCCUUUCGCGCAACAACUCGAUUCCCGGCGCGCCGAGUGGAAAGGGACGAGGCGAGGGUGGAUCAUAUACCGCGCCUGGUGCGGGUAACAAGGGUCGGCGGGCCGUCCCUGGCGCGCCUGUCCCCGGCGCACCGCCCAAGAGCUCAGGAGCGGCAAUUGCGGAUAAGAAGGUUAAGCAGCCGAAGAAAGGUGCCGGCGCCAAUGGCUCGCUGGCGUCGACAACGACAACGGCAGCUGCGCCAACUGCAGCGGAAGAGCCGUAUCCUGCUGUCUCUGGCGCUGCCGAGGUGUCAGGCUCGUUCAACAGCGCGCAGGAAAAGAAGGCACGAAACCUGACUAAGAAGCUUAAGGCGAUCCAGGAGCUGAAGGAGCGACAGGCCAAAGGCGAGAAGCUCGAGCAGACACAGGUGCAGAAGAUCCAGGCAGAGGCGGAAAUCAGAGCCGAGUUGGCCGCGCUUUGACCCUAGCCUGCGCUGGGCUUAAACUUUAGAUACAGUCGACAUGUGUAGCAUAGCCAGGUCGCUACUGGUGCCACCGCCAUCUUGGGUGGAACAUCGUA